UCCACCUAGUCAAGCACAGAAAAAAAAGACGGAAGCUAAACAUCUGAUAGACUGGAAGACAUGUUAACUUAACAGCUACGUGGGUUUUGAUCGUCGGCUUGAAACUCAUCCCUAAGGAGGGGAGCUGGGAGGGUAUAAUGUUCGGAUAUAAGCAGCACGGUGAGGAUGCUAGCGCAUCCCCGCCGUCAUCCGCCGCAAGGUGCAUAUAGACCGUUACGUGUCAUGACUCGCUUGGGUAAAGUCGCCGUUGCCAUAAUCAAACAAAGCGACCAUUGCGUUCGGAUCUCCCCUGCUGGCUGCAUCGUUCAUGGAUUCCUUGCUUGUUCGACAGUCAUAGUCAUCGGCACCAGGCAGGAGGAGGAGCGGAACGGUUGGACAAGGUGCAUGCUGGUUUCCAACUCGCUUGUGGUCGCCGAGGCACGUGCUGCCACUCUAGUGCAAUUGAGUUGUGAGACUUCAGUUGUUUGAGAUUAAUGAACGGUACUCCGUACAGUCCUCCGUUUUCUGUCGACCAGUGUUGCGGCUGAAGAUGCGAGUCAGCGACUUUACUGGAGGG